AGAUACGGAAGUCUUUCCAUAUAAAAAUUCUCCUCCUCCAUUUUUAUCCAUUGAUACCCAAAAAACCCUAGCAGAAGAGACUUAUAACAAUCCAAUUCGGUAAUAAUGGCGGAGCACUUAGCAUCGAUUUUCGGUACAGAGAAAGACAGGGUGAAUUGUCCAUUUUACUUUAAAAUUGGUGCUUGUAGACAUGGAGAUCGUUGUUCUAGACUUCAUACAAAGCCCAGUAUUAGCCCAACGCUUCUCCUUUCGAAUAUGUAUCAAAGGCCCGAUAUGAUUACUCCUGGUGUUGAUGUUCAUGGUCAGCCCAUUGAUCCUCGCAAAAUGCAGGAACAUUUUGAGGAUUUUUAUGAAGAUUUAUUUGAAGAACUGAACAAGUACGGAGAGAUUGAGAGCCUGAAUGUUUGUGAUAAUUUGGCGGACCACAUGGUGGGCAAUGUUUAUGUUCAGUUUAGAGAAGAAGAGCAGGCUUCAAAUGCUCUUAAGAAUCUUACAGGAAGAUUUUAUGCUGGGAGGCCCAUCAUUGUUGAUUUCUCUCCUGUAACUGAUUUCCGUGAAGCCACCUGUAGACAGUACGAAGAGAACAGCUGCAACCGUGGUGGAUAUUGCAACUUUAUGCAUCUUAAGAGGAUCGGCAGAGAGCUGAGACGCCAGUUGUUUGGGAGGUACAGGAGAAGGUACAGUCGAAGCCGAAGCAGAAGUCGAAGUCCUUACAGGCAUCGUAGCUAUGAAGAGCGCUCUCACAGGAGUCAUAGUAGAAAGUAUGAUGAUAGAGAUUAUUAUAAUGAGAGCCGGAGUAGGAGGCAUACUACAAGUCCUGGACAUAGGAGGGGUAGGAGCAGGAGCCCUCGUGGCAGGAGGGAUCGAAGUCCAACUCGGGAUAGUAGUGAAGAGAGGCGCGCAAGAAUAGAGCAGUGGAACAGGGAAAAAGAAGAGGCAGAACUUACUAGCAAGACCAAUGCAGUUGGUAUUAAUUACAACGACGAAAGCAACGAGCAUGGAUAUGCACAAAAUGGUAAUGGGUAUAAUUAUCAGCAGCCAUCACUACAGGAUGGUUAUGGAAACUAAUGAGUAUAUCCUGGAUAGGUUGGUUCCUUGUUUCUUAUGGUUGAUCUUUUGAUUUCUCCCAAAAGUCAUUGUCUUUUAAGAAAGGCCACCUGCCAUGAGAUAUACCUUACUACCAUUUUCCACUGUGCAGGUGGUGCAGGUUUUCAAUUCUGUGCUAUCAAAUGUGAAAUUUCAACCCUUGUUUUAUGCUUUUCUGGUUCUCACAUGUUGUUCUGUGCAUCAUGCAUUUUAUCUGUCAUAUCAUUACCCUUGUAACCUUUCUGCCACUUCUCCUGCCAAAAUUUUAUUUUGGUCGUCCUUCCUUCAGUUCGUUACUUCGUCCUAUGAUGCUCUUUGCUUGUUCAUGUCUUUUGACAAACUUGUCCUUUUUUUGCUUUGUGGCUGUCUGGAACAGUUUUGGUUAUUAAUUCUGAUCUGUUGGGAGUUCAGUAAUAAGUAUUCUUCAAGGUCUAAGAGUAACGUUUCUGAUUUGACAUUAUAGUGGUCAUAAAUUAAAAUUACAUUAGAGUUCUGUAAUAUUUCUGGCCCAUUCUAAUUCUCACCAUCCAUAUCCAUUAUUAUGUGACGAGAAGAUGUUUUAUAUGGUUAUAUUAUUGGAAGAACAUUUUUAAAUUACAGAAAAUUAGGAUGAGUUUAGUAAGUCUACGUGUACCUUAUGGUUAAUACUAAGUACUAACCAUAAUUUAUAUAUUUUUGUCAAAUACACAUAAUGAUAUUACUCCCUGAGUACUUGAGAUGCUUAUUCGUUGUAGGUUCUUUCGGUCAGCCAAUCACUUGUAUGUACUGUCACGCUACUGUAACCUUAUCCAGUUGAGUCAAUGCUUGUUCCCUAAUGUUAGUCCUGGAAGUGUCUGUACGUGAUUGUUACAUAAACGAAAUGUCUGAAUUGCUCAUAGAAUCGCCUAGUAGGGCAAUACAUUGUAAAGUUUUGCUUUUCAAGAGCUUUAUCUUUUACUCCCUUUGUUUCAUUUACUCGGCAUCUAAUUGAGCACGGAGUUUAGAAAAGAAAUAAGGACUUUUGGUAUAUACCAAAGGUUCUCUUAGAAAGAUGUCACUCUUUCUGUAACAAACUAAAAUGAAAGAAGUGUUAUAACAAAUGGAACCAAAGGAGUAAUUAUUCUAAGCCUACCAUUUUCACCUCAACACACUUUUCUAUGAUUAUUAGGACUUCCCGAUCAGAUUUCCAUUGGUAUCAUAUAUCAUCGAAUUGAUUCAGAUUAGUGCAAAUUCUAUGCCAUUUUAAAGUUUUUUGUCCCAAGUCUUUUUCUUGGUUGUCCAUCCCAAGUGUUUCUUUCAUCUUCUUGGGGGUUGCCCUCUUCUUUGGUUUAGGGGUCUAUUUAAGAAUGUCUUGUAAUGAGAACCGCAUGCAUUGAUAAUAUAUUAAAAUUAUCUUGCAAAUGUGUUGAUGCUUGUAUAUGCAGUCAGGUUCCUUGACCAGAGCACAUCCAGGCUAGUUGCUUUCCCAACUAUUCUUUGUUUUGAAAUUUGCUUUCGGAAGUUAGUCUUACAUGUUUUAUGAGUUUUGCAGAUCCAGGUUUCCCUGCAUAUAAGGACUAAGAGCAUGAUUUUAAUUACAACUUACCAUGAACUGUGUACAGGUGGUUGGAUCUAACUCAGAGGAAUUGUCCCAACAUGUUUGCUUUAACAGGCAUUUGCAGGAAAGAGAUGGAAGAAUUUUUAAAGGCUUCUCCUAAGUGAGAGUAUUUUAAUUCUUGUUCUGUCUAAUUAUGGAGUAAUGCAGCUUAGGAAUAGGCCAUUGUGGGUAUUGCAUUUUCCAUAUGACUAUGAUGUGGAUCUGGUAAACUUGUUAUGUUUAGAAGACUUCUAUUAGCCAUGUCUUUGACAAUUGUUAGACUUGUUGGAGACUCUCUUGAAGGUUUUAGCAACAUAGUUUGUAACUUUUUCUUUUUAAAUAGUAUCUUGAUGUUGUUUAGUCA